UAGAUUAGUCUAUCUGCAUGAAAGUUUUAAAAUAUUAUUACAAUUUCAAACAAAACGUUAUUAUUCAUAUUCGUUGCACUAUCAUGGUGUUGGAUACUAGCUCUUUGCAUUGUUCCGUUGAUACCAUGGUAGACUUCACGUGUGUUAUAAAAUGAUUAAGCCAAUGACCAAAGCCUUGCUCGUUUUAAUGUUAGUGCUGGCGUGUGAGGUGCGGUCGACUGAUGCUUUCGAAUUUUUAUCUAGGAUCUAUAAAACUAUAUCUAAUGUUGUUGAUAAUUUGCUCGAAGUUAUAAAGCAGCCAGUAAUAGAACGCCAUAAUAGAAUUAUGAGAGAUCGUCGAAACAGUGCUAAUAAAGUGAAGCUGAAAUCAAACUUGACCCACAGAGAGACAUCAGAACUACCUUCAAAGUCCAAACUCACCAUACAUCUUAAAGAUAGUAUGAAAUUCAGAAAAACUGCAAGGAUGCACAAAUUUUCAACUUUAAAACCUACUACUAAAGCUGAUAAUGCUACAACACGUGCACCCGUAACAGUUACAUCAACAAAAAAGCUUACGAUGAAAAAACUUAUUACAUCUAUAGAAGCUUUAAGGACAAAUACUGAUAAACUUACAAUAAAUAAAACCACAAAGCCUAUAAUUAUAAGAAAAUAUAUUCCGAAACCGAAAGUAGUUUUAACGCCGAAAAUUAACAUGCCAACAGUAACUACAAAAUUAAAAGAAACUAAGAAAAAUAAGAUAACAGAUUCACAUAAAGAAACAUCUGUUACACCUUGGUAUUUUAAAAUGAGCCCCAUAAAAUACAUGACAGAGUCAUCGGGACUGAAUGUUACGAAUAUAACGUAUAGAGUGAUAAUACCGAUCGUGCCAAAGCCAAGAAUAUGGCAUUCAUUCAUGUACUGGAAUAUUAUGCAAGACCCACAGUCUUACUUGAAGAAAAACAAUGUUUCGAGUAGGUACUUAAAGCAAGAGAGUUUAAUGUAAAGUGUCUGGAGUGUCAGUGACUCGUUGUUAAAGAUAAUAGAACAUAAGAAAAUAGAAAAUCGUUUAAUUCUUGCGAUAUAAUUUUAAUGUCAUUUAGCUAAAUAUUGGACCCAUGGACUUAAAAUCAUAUCAAAAUGGUUUGUGCUUAGUUAGUAACAAUACAGAGUAAACCUUGAUAUAUUUAAUAUAUUAGUUACCUUUUAUUACCUUUUAUGAUUUUAAUUUUACUAAGCAUGUUGC